GCGAGCGUUUGUUGCUGUCAGCUCCUCGCUUAUUCAGCCUCCUAACUGCCGCUGUCUCUGGUGGAGGUUCGUAGGCGGCUUUGCGGAGUCCGCAGACUUCUCUUCAAUCAAGCGGUUCGUGUAACGGAACGAAUUGAACGCGAUGAAGCUGUCAAUUUCGACAGCUGUGGCCGCGCUGUGCGCUCUGUUGGCGCUCAGUUCAGCGGCUCUCGUUGGUGCGCCGAUGAAGCACGAUGCUAAAGACUUCGAAAACUAUCUCGACGAAGCCCACUAUGUGGCCGCGACGCAGGUGGACGGCCGAGAAUUCUACGACACCGUGGUCGAAAUCCUCGAAGCCGAAACUCAGGUUGUCUCCGGUCUCAUAAUCAGACUCAAGAUGAAGAUGACGGAAUCGGUCUGUAAGGUGUCGAAAGGCAACUACACCAGGGAGCUCUGCACUCCGAAGAAAGGGAAGCCAGUGAAGAUCUGUGAAGCUGAGGUCUACAGCAGAGCAUGGGAGAACUAUCGGAAUGUCAACUCCUUCACAUGUGAAGCGGCUAUGUCGAUCGUCACACGGAUAUCGGGAGUUCUCGAUCCCAAGGACCUGACUUUUGCCUACCUGUCAAAGCACCUGAAGCUGUCUCAAGAGCGGUCCCUCUUCAGUGUGUUUGCCCGAACGUACAACAAAACGUACAAGGACAAAGAAGAGCAUGAAGCCCGGUUCAUGAUCUUCAAGAACAACUUGAAGAGGAUUGCGCUUUUCAACCGACUCGAAGAGGGAACUGCACAUUAUGGCCUUACGGAGUUCUCAGACUUGUCACCGAGCGAGUUCGAGCGCUACUACCUCGGCCUGAAGAAGGAUCUCGCCGAGCACAAGGCCGAGGUCAAGCCAAUCAAAGUCGGACCUGUGAACGAGCCGCUGCCAGACCUUUUCGACUGGAGGACAAAGGGAGCUGUGACGGAAGUGAAGAACCAGGGCAUGUGCGGUUCCUGUUGGGCCUUCUCAGUGACCGGCAAUGUGGAAGGCCAGUGGUUCCUGUCACGUAACAAGCUCCUCUCGCUGUCAGAACAGGAGCUUGUCGACUGCGAUCAUGGUGACCACGGAUGCAAGGGUGGUUACAUGGGCCAAGCCAUGAAGGCUGUUAUUGAAAUGGGAGGCCUGGAGACCGAGUCUGAGUACCCUUACAAAGGUGUAGAUGGCACUUGCGAGUUCAACAAAACAGAAUCCAAGGCUCGAGUGCAGAGCUUCGUGGGAUUGCCCCAGAAUGAAACAGAGCUGGCCUACUGGCUCAUGAAGCAUGGACCAAUUUCUAUUGGAAUCAAUGCCAACGCAAUGCAGUUCUACUUCGGUGGCAUCUCGCACCCGUGGAAGUUCCUCUGCAGUCCAACGGAUUUGGAUCACGGGGUUCUUCUCGUUGGAUUUGGCGUGGACAAACGAAGUUUCCGUCGCAAGCCUGUUCCAUACUGGAUUGUGAAGAACAGCUGGGGCAAGUAUUGGGGAGAGAAGGGCUACUACAGGGUUUACCGUGGCGAUGGUACCUGUGGUGUCAACCAGAUGCCGCUGUCCGCCGUAGUCCCACCGAAGCACUAGUCGAUUCAAACCAUUUUUAGCUUGCUCUCUUUUUCUUUUUUUGUACACGAAGAUAUAUUACGCGCGCUCUUUUAAAAUACUGACAUUUACUCGGUCAGCAGUCCUCGAUGCUGAUGCUGCGACAACGCCGUGCUCUUAGCAAUGGUCGUUUUUACCUCUCUCAUUUGGGCUUAUCGGCACUGAUAACAAUCCUUAACAUCAAGCUCCGUGAUGUUUGUUCGUGUUCAGCUGGGUGGCUUAGGUUUAGGCUUACCUCAUUGCUAUUAUAACUUAAUGCUUUUUUUUUUCAAUAUGCCCGCUCAAACGGGCGACGCCUUUAAAGGGAGCCUGAAAUGGUUUGGACAAUUUGUUACAAACAUUGAGCCAAAAUAGGCAGAUGUUCAAGGGAAGAUGGAAGGUUGAAGUAAUGAAAAAUUCGUGAACACGGGGUGUCGCUCAUGGGGUGUCACUGGAGCGACACCCCAUGUUCACAAAUUUUUCAU